GAACAAUAAAGCCAGUUGGUACUUCAAAUGACACCCAUCCGUUAGUUGUCCCUACAGGCAAAACUGGUUCAGCUUCCUUCCUUGUCAAGUCAAGCUGGGGUCUCUGGUUUUGUGAUGCAAGUAACUCUGCAUAGCUAAAUUACGCAUUACCAUUGACGUAAAGUGGCUUUGCUCGGCUUAUUUGAGUAUUUUCAAUCACAAAUCAUUUCAGGAUGUCCAAUCGCCCACUUUGGAAUGCUUUAAAUGACCACUGCUUGAGCCUGGAGCAACAUGAGAGCAAUGGAGGAAGGUCAAAUGGAGAGUUCAAAGGGUAACAAUGAUCAGUCUGAGCCGAGGGACACAUAUAGAAUUGCAUAUAUUCUCCACUUCUUCCUUGGUGCUGGCAAUUUGCUUCCGUGGAACACACUAAUCACAGCUAUUGAUUAUUAUAGCUAUAUUUAUCCCAACAGGCAUGUAGAAAAAGUCUUCUCUGUGGCCUACAUGAGCUCUUCUGUACUAGUUUUAGUUGUGAUGCUGAGCUGGGGUAAAUGGAGCAAUAGAUUUAAUCUUAGAUUCAGAAUGAGCCUUGGGUUUUCUUUGUUUGUUUUCUCCCUAAUGGUUACCCCUACAAUGGACUGGACUCGACACAGCAAUGGGACGAAGGUGAAUUCAAGUGUGUCCUACUAUAUGAUUGUCUCAUCAGUUGUGAUCUGUGGCUUGGCUGAUGGCUUGAUAGCAGGAAGCUUGAUAGGAUCUGCAGGAAAGCUGCCAAAACGAUACAUGCAAGCAAUUUUUGCUGGAACUGCUUCUUCAGGUGUUCUUGUUUCAGUGCUGAGGAUUUUAACAAAGGCCUCACUUCCACACACGCCUAAAGGCCUUAAAACCAGUGCACAUUUAUAUUUUAUAGUCAGCACAAUAAUUUUAACGGGUUGCAUAGUUUGUAGCAACCUAUUGGACAAGUUGCCAGUUAUGCAACAGCAUUACAAGCAUCUUCAAAAGGUUCUACCGCACUCGACGCCAAAGUUCUGGAAAGUUGCGAGAAUAAUUCGUUGGCCAGCUCUGGGAGUUUUCAUGAUUUACACCGUGACUUUGUCCAUCUUUCCGGGAUUUUUAGCAGAAAACAUCGACUCAAGAUUUUUAAGGGAUUGGUAUCCGAUUAUGCUAAUCACAUUAUACAACAUCUCUGAUUUAGUGGGGAAGUCUUUCACUGCAAUUUUUGUUGUUCAAGGCAUUGGAAAGGUUACAUGGGGUUGUAUAGCAAGGCUGUUGUUCUAUCCUCUCUUUAGUGUCUGCUUACAUGGGCCCAAAUGGCUAAAAUCUGAGGUGCCAGUGGCUCUUUUGACAGUAAUGCUUGGACUCACCAAUGGAUAUCUGACAAGCUGUAUCAUGAUUCUUGCUCCUAAAGCAGUGGCAGCUCCAGAGGCAGAAAUAGCUGCUAUUGUCAUGGUGGUGUUCCUCGGAGUAGGAUUAGUUGCAGGCUCAGUUCUCGGCUGGUUCUGGCUUAUUUAGAUGCUUCUGAGACCUGAUUCGCAUCAAGUAGCCACUGAUCCUUAGCAUCAGGUUUUCAGUGGUUCUGUCCGGGGUGGCGACCGGAGGAUAUAUGGUGGUAAAUUUAGUUGUACGAAAUGUUCCCAUUAUAACUGAUCAGCUAUCAUCUGUGGUGUUUUAUUUUUA